UCAGAGCUCGGCUAGUCGGCAGCUCCCCAGCUUCCAGUAAAGAAAGAAAGAACCAACCAUGAUCAGCGCCAAGAGGAUCGCUCAGCUGGCCAAGAAGUGGCAGAGGAUGGCGGCGCUCGGGAGGAAGCGCCUCUACUGGGUGGCGGCGGCAGCGCCGGAAGCCGACGAGUGCUGUGCAUCCGUGGCGAGCAAGGGCCACUGCGCGGUGUACACGGCCGACGGGGCGCGGUUCGAGGUGCCGCUCGCCUUCCUCGGCACCGCGGUCUUCGCGGAGCUCCUGCGGAUGUCGCAGGAGGAGUUCGGCUUCGCCGGCGGCGACGGCGGCAGGAUCACGCUGCCGUGCGACGCCGCGGUCAUGGAGUACGCCAUGUGCUUGCUCAGGAGAGGCGUCUCUGCCGAGCUAGAGCAGGCGUUCCUGAGCACCAUGGCGAUGCCGUGCCACCAUGCGAGCCGUGUGGCGCCGUGUGUGGCAGCUUGCUGUUAA